AUGCCGGCUCUAAGCCAGGAAGGAAACCAAGGCUGGUCGAGGCUCCCCAGAGACUGUAGAGUGAAGGGUGCGGCGCCCUGGCAGGUCCCAGCAGAGGUGAUCAUUAGGCGGACAUAUAGCGAUUUGGGGUAUUACAUUAUAAAUAAGCUGCACCAUGUGGAUGAAUCAGUGGGAAGUAAAACUCGGAGGGCCUUCAUUUAUCUUGCUGCCUUCCCUUUUAUGGACGCCAUGGCAUGGACCCAUGCUGGGAUUCUGCUGAAACACAAGUACAGUUUCCUGGUGGGAUGUGCCUCCAUCUCAGAUGUCAUAGCUCAGGUUGUUUUUGUAGCCAUUUUGCUUCACAGUCACUUGGAGUGCAGGGAGCCUCUUCUGAUCCCAAUCUUGUCCUUAUACAUGGGAGCACUUGUCCGAUGUACCACGUUAUGCCUCGGAUACUACAGGAACAUACAUGAUGUCAUUCCUGACAGAAGUGGGCCUGAAAUGGGGGGAGAGGCUACAAUAACGAAGAUGCUGAGUUUUUGGUGGCCUUUGGCGUUGAUUUUGGCAACUCAGCGAAUAAGUAGGCCCAUUGUCAACCUUUUUGUCUCCCGGGACCUAGGUGGCAGUUCUGCAGCCACAGAGGCGGUGGCAAUUCUUACAGCCACGUAUCCUGUGGGACACAUGCCGUAUGGCUGGCUGACAGAGAUCAGGGCAGUAUACCCUGCUUUUGACAAGAAUAACCCCAGCAAUAAAUUGGUGAACACCAACAGCACCGUCACAGCGACACAUAUCAAGAAGUUCACUUUUGUUUGCAUGGCGUUAUCCUUAACGGCUGCUCCAGAUGCCCAAGCUUUUGCGCUCUGCUUUGGAUUUGGGUAUGCCAAAUUAGGAACUGCCAAGUGGAUACCACCUGCCGGCUGUCCUGUCCGGUUGGUCAGCAAGGCGUCGCCAGCCGCUGAAAUGCAGGCACUGGCAG